GCUCCAGGUUUAGUUCCUUUGGCCAAGAGGAGAGAGGAUGAGGUGAUGUUGGGGAGUGCCCCCCCCCCCCGAACUACCCCCCAACAGGCCUCUGACUACGCCAGCAGCCCUGUCAAAACUAAAACAGUGACAGAAUCACGUCCCAUGUCCAUCCCAAUGAAAGUGAUGCCCGAUACCACAGCAGUGGAGUCUUGGGCGACCUCGGAGGAGAGGAUGAAGGAGCUCAUCGCCCAGGCCUGGGAUGCUGUGAAACGCCUGACUCUGCAGUUGGAGCUGCAGUCGUGCUGUGUGUUCCUGCCUAAUGACAGCCUGCCCUCCCCGAGCACCAUCAUCUGCGGGGACAUUCCUGGCACCGUCCGCAGUUGGUACCACAACCAGGCCUCCAUGCCCGGGACCCUGGUGGUCUGCCUGCCACAGAUCAGUGUGCUCAGUGCUGGGCACAAGUACAUGGAGCCGCUGCAGGAGCUCCCCUUUGUGGUCGCCAAGCCCAUCUUGGAGGAAGGUGAUGCCUUCCCUUGGACGGUUAGCCUGAGUCAGUUCAGUGUGUACACUUUGCUGGGCCAGCAGCAGAGCCUGAGCCUGUUGGAGCCAAUGGGCUGUACCUCCACACUGGCUGUCACAUCCCAUAAGCUUCAGAGCUGUUCUGAAGGCAGACACUCCUUUAUAGUGUGCCUCCAUGUUGAUCUCCAAGCCGUCCACGUCAAGUGCUGCAACCCUCAGGUUCAGCUUUUAUACGAGCUCCUCUUCAGCUGGAGCUCUACAUGGGCUCGCCUCCAGAAGCAUGGCAUCCUGCGGCAGGCCUCCAGCGUCCUUGACCCCCCCACUGCUGUGCCGGCCUCCCCCGUGCGCAGCAGUGCCGGCACCGCCCUGCCAGACACCAGCACCUGCAGCCCGUCGGCAGACUUUGGCUCUCCCACUGAGGGUGACUCGGUGCCAGCCGGAGAUGAUGGUCCAUUUGCGGACACCGUGACUCUGGAGCAGAAAACCAGCAGCAUCGGGGGCACCAGUGGGAAGGUCAGCCUGUGGAUGCAGUGGAUGCUGCCCAAGGUCACAGCUAAACUGUUCGCUCCCGACCCCACUGACAAACAGAAAGAAAUAUGUGUCAUCAGUGAACUUGAAGACCUGAGUGCCUCAGUCGAUGUCCAAGAUGUUUAUACGAAGAUCAAAUGUAAAGUUGGCAGCUUCAACAUCGACCACCACAGAUGCAGGCCAGGGCAGGGCUUGCACUCUGGCUCCUAUGAAGGACUCAUUCUGCAGUGCAAGGAGACAGCAGUGACUGCAGCCAAGGUCCUGGAGGUCUCUCACCAGCAGCACGGCUUCCUGUCCAUCACCUACACCCAGGCUGUCACCAAAAAUGUCCGUCACAAACUCACAACCCGGCCGGAGAGACCCCCACGCAGCGGUGCUACCACCAGCAGUCAGCGGCUGACCUCUGACCCCCUGGCAGACAGCUCCCCCCAGUACCUGAGAGAGAUCCUGCUGACAGCUCAGCCCUUCGACGUGGUGCUGUCCUGCCCCUUGCUGGCUACUGUAGCGGGGGUGUUCCAGGCUACGGUGCCCAGACGCUACAGAGAGCGUGGAAAGACAGCUGGUCAACCAAUGAGAAUCCACACUCUGAACUCUCGGAGUUUACCCCUGAUGUACAUCAACACCUCCGUGAUCAGGGUCUUCUGUCCCAGUGCACGAGAAAAACACACAGCAUCAGAUCCUCAGAUGAAAAAAGAAGACACUCUGGUGUUGAAGCUGGGCUCCCUCAGCAUGGCCCCCCAGGCGGACAACCCCCUGACCCGCACAGUGCUGCGGAAAGACAUCUACCAACAUGCACUGCACCUCGGCAUACUGCGUGACCCGGGUUCAGAGGUGGAGGACCGGCAGUAUCAGGUGGACCUCCAGUCCAUCAACAUUGGAACGGCUCACUGGGAGCAACUGAAGCCGGAGAAGGAGGGGACCAAAGGAGGCGUGUCCGUAGAGAGUGAGAGGAGCUCCCAGAACCCGGCGCUGGAGUGGAACAUGGCCAGCAGUAUCAGAAGGCACCAGGAGAGGCGGGCCAUUCUGACACCGAUCCUGACGGACUUCUCUGUCCGGGUGACCGCUGCCCCAGCCAUCAUCUUCAGCAAGAACAUUUCCCCUGACUGCGGUCAGGCAGAGGAGGUAGUGGUGUGUGGCCACUCUCUGGAGGUGAAUGUGACCAGCAGUCUGGAUUUCUACCUCAGCGUGGCCCAGGUGCAGCUCCUCCAGCAGCUCCUCACAGAAAACAUGGUGGGGAUGGACACUCCUGAGAAAAGUGCUGAGGUGUGUGGUUUGGAGCAGAAGCAUGGCGGCCGGGACCCAGCAGCAGGUGUGGACUCGUCCUCCCGUCUCAGCGGGACAGGGAGGGACAGCGGCUUCGGCAGUGACAGCGCUUGCAUCCGCAUCGUUCAGAUCGAGCAGCAGAGCGGGGCCAGCCACCACCGCAUCGCCCGGCCCUCACACACCUCCACCAUCACCAAGAACCUCAGCUUCAUCCCCUUUGACAUCUUCCUCACAGCGAGUAGACUCUCCGUCAUGACCUACGCAUGCUCCAGCCCCCCGAAGGCCCUCCCCUCAUCGUCUGACACCCCCGGCACCCCCGAGAAGAAAGAGCCCGGGGAUAAGGUGGGAAAAAGUGCUCUGAACCAGCCUGAGAUCCUGCCUGAGUCUCCUCCAGCCUCGACCCCCCCCACACCAGACCCCGCUGCAGUGGCCCAGGUUUCUCUUGCUGGCCUCACCGCUGAGGACAUCCUCAACAGCAACAACUCCCAGACGGCCUUCCCCCUACUGAGAGGCAGCCUGCUUUCCCUGGGGGGCCUGCCGACGCCCAGCCGCUCCUCCGCACGCCAAGCCCUGGGUGUUACCAUAGUGAGGCAGCCGGGGAGGAGAGGGGCGGGGGACCAGGUUCUGGAGCCCCUCCUGUACAUCCAGGUGAUGCAGCCUUCUGCUCUGCUCAGCUGCCACCACCGCAAGCAGAGGAUGGAGCUCUCUGUGUUCGACGUGGCCUUACGAGGAGUCCCCUCUGACUACAAGUGUUUGGACCCAGGAAAGACUCUGCCAGAGUCUCUGGACUACAAUGUGUUUUGGAUGCAGACAAUAGCAGGAGAGGUAGACAGCAAAACAGGCAUCCCCCCCCCUCUGCUCUGCCUCCAGAUCAAAGAUUUCCUCAAUGGACCGGCUGAGCUGAAUGUGGAGCUAGCUCGCCCUCUGAAAAUCAACCCCACCCUGGCUAAGCUGGAGCAGGCUAAAGCAUACCUGAUGAAAGUCCUGCCAAACCACACCUGGGGAACCUCCAGUAACCCUCCUUCUGCUUCCCCCAGCCCCUACUCCUCCCCUGCCAAGACUCUGCCCAGGCCCCCCCCUGCUCACUCAGAGGCCUCCGCCCUGGGGAAGGACAGUGUCAGGGCUCUGGCGCUUUCCUUCCACAAGGUCUCUCUCCACACUGCCCAGAUUGUGGUAGUCAUGGAGACAGAGGCCCAUCCAAUGAGGCCCAGUGUGACCGCAGCAGUGUCUGCCAUGACAGGAAGUCUGAAUAUGAAGUCAGGGCCAAGGAUCGAAGAUGCAGUUCAGGCAGCAUCUAUGCAGCUGCAGCUGAAAGACCUGCUGCUGAGGACCGGCCUGAAGGAGCGGGGCCGGGUCCUGCUGGGGCCCUUCUCCUGCAGCAGCUCUCUGGAGGCCCACUGGUGUCGGCACAGCGGCAGCCCUGGCCUGGAGCCUGGCCCCCCUAAACUGCUGCUGGACCUAAAGGGAGGCCUACUGCAGGUCUUCUGGGGUCAGGAACACCUGAGCUGCCUGAAGCUAGUAGAGGAGCACCUGCAGGCCUACCUGAACCUCCAGAGAGUUACAGAAUCAGCUGAUAGCUGCUCCAAGGGCAAGGCCUGCCACAUCCAGCCACCUCCCUUACCCAGUGCUCCCUCUCCGAGGACAGAGCACAGCUCAGAUGACCUGCGAACAGGACAUUUUCAGUACAUGCAGAACUCAGCCUCCCAGAGACUGCCUGGCCCCCAUGAGGUGGUGUUCUGCAGCGAGACGGAGGAGAGUCCGGGGGUGAUGCUGUGGAGGUACCCUGAGCCCCGCGUCCUUACCUUCGUCAGGAUCAACCCUGUCCCUUUUAACACCACUGAGGACCCGGAGAUCAGCACUGCAGACCUGGGGGACGCCCUCCAGGUACCAUGCAGCCUAGAAUUCUGGGACGAGCUCCAGCAGGCCUUUGUUCCGUACCGGGAGUUCAGCCUCUCAGAGAGCCGGGCCUGCCAGCUGCAGCUGCCCAGCCUCAGCCUGACAGAGAAGCAGAAGGAGCUGGUGGCCUCCGACCUGUGGAGGAUAGUCCUCAACAGUAAUGGAGAGGGAGGAGAUGAGCAGAGUCUGGACAGUGAGAGUGGCUCCCAGAUGCCCUGCGAUCAGUUGGUUUCUCCCAUAGCAUUGGCAGCCUGCACCCGUGUGGACUCCUGCUUUGCACCCUGGUUUGUCCCCUCCCUGGGUGUGUCCCUUCAACUAGCACAGCUGGACGUUCACCUCUGCCACCAUCUAGAACAGCUGGGCACAGUUCCAUCCCGGCAACUUCGUCCCUUCCUGCCAGACAGGAAGUUACCUCAGGAGCAAGAGUUCAUGGUGACUGGUGCUCGGGAGCCGCGGGUCUUCCUCCGCCAGUGGAGCAACGGCCCACGUCACUGUCAGGAGUUCAGCUUCUCCACCCAGCUAGACUGCAAGCUGCUGGAGUACCGGAACCUUACACACCUGCAGCUCCUCCAGCCUGUUGUCCUACAGGGCCAGGCUGCUGCCACAUAUUGCCCCCAGGACACCUCACUGGAUGUGAAUGUUUUUGUGGAUCCGGUGUUUCUCAAUAUCAGCCAGUAUGCCAUCCACACUGUGGACACUGCUCUGCAAAGCUGGAAACAGAAAGGGAACCCGCAGGCUGAGGAGCUGGUGUACAGUCACUACGUGAUCUGUAACGACACCCACGAGACGCUGUGCUUCGGCCAGGUGGACACAGAUGAGAACGUGCUGCUGGCCAGCCUCCACAGCCACCAGUACAGCUGGAGAUCCCACAAGUCCCCUCAGCUGCUGCACAUCUGCAUCGAGGGCUGGGGGAACUGGCGCUGGUCAGAGGCCUUCCGUGUGGACAACGUAGGGACUCUGCUGAGGACCAUCCAGUACAAAGGACGCACAGCUUCACUCAUCAUCAAGGUGACGCAGCUCAACGGGGUCCAGAAACAGGUGAUCAUCUGUGGGCGGCAGGUGAUGCUCAGCUACCUGACUCAGCACAUUGAGCUGCGGGUGGUGCAGCACUACGUCGGGCCUGACGCUCAGACCGUGGUGAGGGAACACUGUGACUGUCUGGAGGCAGGGGCCAAGCUGCCAUCAUAUGUGCUGGAGGACGCUGAGAUGACGGAGCUCUGUGUGAGGGCCAGAGGUGAUGAAGACUGGUCCCAGGAUGUCCAGCUCGAGAGGAGGGAGAGGGGCCCCAGCAGCUCUGUGGUGCAGGUGCCUUGCUCCAGUGGAACUUUGCUCUAUGUUUGGUGCACUCUUUUCACAAUUGAAUCUGAUACUCACAUGCAGCAGAGAGUGGUGGUCUUUAGUCCACUGUUUGUUAUGAGGAGCCACCUGCCAGAUCCAGUAAUCCUCCACGUAGAGAAGAGGAGUCUGGGACUGAGAGAGAGCCAGCUGAUCCAGGGCCAGGGCCACCAGGAGCCCCUGCUGAACACGGAGGCCGACCUCACACACCACCUUACCUUCCAGGCCAGGCAUGAUGAGGAUGCUUCCCACUGUGCUGUACCAAUCUCCACCAGCCUAAUCAAACAGAUAGUGCACAAGAAUGGAAAGGAGGACAACCUGGAGCACAUCCUGGCUGACUUCUACGGUCCAAAGACCUCCACUGGGCCCCCUUGGCCCUACGUAACCAAGGAUACUGACAGGUCGGUGCUGGAGCCCCUGGCCCAGUGGGACAGUCCCAUGCAGGUGAAGUUAUCCUGCUGGAAGUCGGGUCUCAACACUCUGCUGGUAGAGCUGUUGCCCUGGGCCCUGCUGGCCAACCACUCCAAAUGGGACCUGUGGCUGUUUGAGGGAGAGACAAUCGUCCUGCAGAUACCAGCCGGAAAGAUCAUUGUGCCCCCCAACUUUAAGGAAGCCUUCCAGAUUGGUAUCUACUGGGCCCAUACUAACACUGUCCACAAGUCCACUGCUCUCAAACUGGUGCAUGACCUGACUUCUCCUCGGUGGAAGGAGGGAUCAGGCUCAGAGGUGGUCACUCUGGAUGAGGAGGGGUAUGUAGAGGCCGACAUCACCCUGGGAGCCUUCCCUGGCAGACAGAAGCUGUGUCAGUUUUGUGUGUCGUCUGUGGUGAGGCAUGGUAUUCAGAUUCUACAGUUAGAAGACAGAACCAUCCUGGUCAACAACACUCCUCACACCAUUCAGUACAGGCCUCUGCUGACGGACCAUGCCCUGGGAACUGACGGCCAGGCCUGCGAGAUCCCAGAGACAGCCCAGUUCAGCCUGGCCCCCUCUGAAGAGCUGUCCAGACCCUGCUCUGUGCUGUGCUGGGACCUCCUGCAGACCAGCGUCCAGGGAGCGCUGGAGUUCCCUCUGCCGCUGAGAUACAUGCUUCUCCGCCUACUUCCCAAGCCUGGUGGUGGAGUUGGAUCAGCAGGAUGGAGCCUGCCCGCUCCGAUCCGAUCAGACUUCCCCAGGCUGAGUGUGUCUGUUCCUGGGGAAGCAGAGUCUGUGGGGGGCCUGAGCAGUAGAAGCAUAGUACUGACAUAUCAAGAACACCUUGGGGUGACAUACAUCAUCCUGAAUGAGGACCCCUGUCCACGGAUGGUGAUCCACAACAAGUGUCCUAUCCCACUCAUGCUGAAGGAAACAGUCAAAGAAACUGCAAGGACUGAGGUGUACUGCCGUCCUCUGCCUGCUAACUGCUCCCUGCACCAUGAGCUCUACCACCAUUUCUCCAGUUUCCCUGAGUGCAGACAGAAAGAGAUGCUGCCCACACUGCUGCUAAAAACCACGUCAGACCACAGCUCCACUGACUGGACUGACCCCAUAGACAUCAACUGUCCCGGGACUCAGGUGGUGUUCCUGCCAGGCUUCGGCUGUCUCUACAUUGACGUGCUGUAUGAGAAAGGCACCCUGGUUCUGUGUCUGGCGCCAGAGGGCGGCCUGGACGCUGUGAUCCACCAGCACAGCAGCUCACCUAAAGCGUCCUGCAGAGUGCUCCUCAGUGAAGCCAGUGUGGUGUUAAGUGAUGACAUCACCAAUCCAUCUGGAUCUGUGGAGCUGCUCAGACUCACGUUGACCAAGCUGUUCCUCAGCCUGGCUCCAGCCCCCCCCUCCCUGCCCCAGGAGCAGGGAGCCUCUGACCUGGGAUCAGCACACAUCUCGCUGGUCGAGGUCUAUUGCUCCAACCUGCAGAUAGACAACCAGCUGUAUAACAGAGCCAGUUUCCACUUCCCUGUGCUGCUGUGCCAGGAUCAGAGAAGCAGUGCUGAGCCUGGGGGGGGUCCCUGGAGCAGCGAGGCCAACCCCACUGAGUCUCCUGAAGCCCUGGAGGAGUUCAAGCGCUCCUGCUUCCUGCAGCUGAGGAUGAGGCUGGCAGGGGACAGGUGCAAUGCAGAGGAGAUCACCUUCCAGCUCCAACCUGCCAGAGUCUACCUGGAAGACACCUUUGUUUACUACGUUAAGACCCUGUUCCACACCUACAUCCCUGACAGUGCCAUGGCCUCGGCCCCAGCGGAGCCACAGAGGGGGACAAAGUGUGGCUCAGCUCCCAUCCUCCCUGAACAGGUGCUGCAGGCGGUGCAGGCGCUGGUGCACCCUGUGCGGCUGCAGAGGCUGAGCAUCCAGCCGGUCAACCUGCUGGUCAGCAUCCAUGCCUCCCUCAAGUUGUACAUCGCUUCAGACCACACUCCUCUCUCCUUCUCCCUGUUUGAGAGAGGCCCGCUGUGCACCACAGCCAGGCAGCUGGUGCACGCUCUGGCCAUGCACUACGCUGCCGGGGCCCUCUUCAGAGCUGGGUGGGUGGUGGGCUCUCUGGAGAUCCUGGGCAGUCCUGCCAGUCUGGUGCGCAGCAUCGGGAACGGCGUGUCGGACUUCUUCCGGCUGCCGUACGAGGGGCUGACCCGCGGGCCUGGGGCCUUCGUCAGCGGAGUGUCCAGGGGGACCACGUCUUUCGUCAAACAUAUCUCAAAAGGCACGCUGACGUCUAUCACCAACCUAGCUACGAGCCUGGCCCGGAACAUGGACCGCCUCUCGCUGGAUGAGGAGCACUACACCCGGCAGGAGGAGUGGAGGCGCCAGCUGCCAGAGAGCCUGGGGGACGGACUGAGGCAGGGGCUGUCCCGACUCGGCAUUAGCUUGUUAGGAGCGAUUGCAGGCAUUGUAGACCAGCCCAUGCAGAACUUCCAGAGGAACUGGGAGACGCAGAGCUCAGCGGGAAGCCAUGCCAAAGGGGUCAUCUCUGGCGUGGGGAAAGGCAUUGUGGGUGUUUUUACUAAGCCCAUCGGAGGAGCAGCUGAACUGGUGUCCCAGACAGGUUAUGGGAUCCUUCAUGGAGCCGGACUGUGGCAGCUUCCUAAACAGCUGUACCUGCCUACGGAGGAGAAGUCUUGUCGGGCCCCUAACAGCCACCUUAAAUAUGUGUGGAAGAUGCUCCAGUCUCUGGGGCGGCCGGAGCUCCACAUGGCCCUGGAGGUGACCCUGGUGAGCGGCUCGGGUCAGGAGCAUGCUGGCUGUCUGCUCCUCACUUCGGAGGUGCUGUUUGUGGUCAGCCUCAGUGAGGACACCCAGCAGCAGGCCUUCCCCAUCACAGAGGUGGUGUGCCAGCAGGAGCCGGGGCAGGGGGGCCAGCUCAGCCUCACCUUACAGCAGCAGACAGUAGCCAGCGACACAGAGGGUGACGGUGUGCGUGAGCGCCUGACGGAGCAGCAGUAUCGCCGCUUGGUGGACUACGUGCUGCGAGCCGCCCACUUCCUGUCCCCCUCCGCGGCCUCUCUACAGCUGCAGCUCCCAGUGACGCUGGCAGAGCCCCCCCCUUCCGUCACCAAGACCUACCGCUACCUGGUGGAUCCUGCCUUCGCCAAGGUGUUUGUCAGCAAGUUCACAAUGGUGAAGAAUAAAGCCUUACACAUUGGAUUCCAUUAGUAUACACUAACACACAUCUGUGGAUUUCUGCCACCAAAUAAACCGGACCUUUUUAUUCCAUAUUAAGCCUUAAAAUACACUGAACUAUGGAUCUGAAAAUAUAACUACACAUUUAUUUAAAAGAAUAUAUAUUAUCAAACUAAGUCCACUUGGUUAUGCCUUAGAUAUGCAGAGAGUUCUAAGCAAUGUAUUUUGGAAGAUAUAUUUUUGAUUGAUACGCAAACAAAUCACAGAAGAAAUCAGAAGGGUUAAAAACAGUUUUAAUCAUAGAAAUACAUUUCUUAAACUGGGACAUUUCAAUGAGCUCAUACUACAGUAUAGUGAACACUAAAACAAAGAAGAGUUGCGCCAACUUGAAAACAGGGCGCAUUGUGAAACCUCUUCAGUGUGCAAUGUUUCACUCUGCACAAUGAGUGUUUACUGUCUCAUGCCAAUGUUAAGUGCAAUAUUAUAGAAAUGUUGAAGGAUGUUAGAGAUCCCAGCUGUCAACCAAAAUGUUUUUAUAGAUGAUGUCACAUACUUGUUUGACAAUAACAAUGUUCUUUGUAAACUUACGUGGAUGCCAACUCAUCAUUGUUGCCUUUUAUAUUGUUGAUCCACUGAACUCUGAGUGAGAAUUGUGUCUAAUGCUUUUUAUGUAUGUACAUGGAUAAUAUAUGAAUAGAAAAUCAUUUAAUAAAAACAUUGAAAUAA